AUGGUGGGAUUGCCGUCAGGGGCACGCUCCGUUUUUCUCUUCUCUCAUAUCACCAUUUAUUUUUGCGAUGGGCGUACGAUAGUGGGACGGGAUCCGUUGAGGUUUUGUGGCAGAAGUCAGCAAGUGCGGAGCGCACCACUUUUGCAGUGUGUGUACAGUAAUCAGGGGUCUUGGUAGAGUUGGCACUAACACGAGUUGACACGAGGGAUAAAGUUUUAUGUAUUUUGUUUGUG